CCAAAACAACGCCUCCCUCCGGGCGCCGAUGACGUCACUUGUCCUGUGUUUAUGUGUUUCUGCAGCAGCUGUUAACUAGUGAACAGCCUCGUCCCCAAGCAUGCUCUGAUUCCACGGCUGGACAGGGUUCGGAGGACAGAGAUGGCAGUGUGUGCACUGACCAUGUUGGACGGGAUGGAGGAUGACGUGAUGGCCGCAGGUGGGGUCCUGCUGCUGGUCUUGGCCCUCGUCUUGGCCUGGCUCUCCACCCACGUGGCCGAUCGCGGAGACCACAUACUGGGCGCCAUACUCACUGUGGGCGCCCACGCCUCUCUGAUAGGACUGGGAGGCAACGACGGCUACGGAGGAGGAUCUCAGAGUGCUGACGCGCCUGAGCAGCAGGCUGCUCCGCCUUCGCAGGAAAACAAGCCUGAUGAUGGAGAGGCGGCCACAGAGAGAGGAGAGGGUGAAGGGACAGGGGAGGGAGCUGAGGGCAUUUGGACAGAUCUGCUGCUGGACAUACAGAGCAAACAACCUCAGGCUGGAAGGUUCCACUCCUCCGGGGGAGAUGACGGAGAUGAAGCUGAUGAGGAGGAGAAUGAGGAUGAUGAUGAGGAAGUGAUUGGAGUGGUAGAAAAAAAGCCUGUAAAGCCAAUAUCACUUUUAACCAGCACCACGUCUGCCACCACCACCAGUAGCUCUACUACUUCCAUGAGUGUCCGUCUGAAAUUUUUAAAUGACACAGAGGAGGUGGCUGUUGUGGAACCACAUGACACAGUUGAAGUACUGAAAAGCAAAUUCUUCUCGGGUCGGGAACAUCAGAUUAAAUUAAUUUACCAAGGCCAGCUGCUGCAGGAUCCUAAGAAGACUCUGUUUUCCUUAAACAUUACCAACAACAGCGUGAUCCACUGCCACAUCUCCCAGGUCCUGCACGAAGCCAGUCCAGAGGAAGGGGCUCAGUCUGGGCCGGGAGCCGCGUCUGGGGUCUCUGGAGGAUUCAGGGCUGCAGGAGUAGCCGUUAGCACCAGCAGCCUGGUGGUGCCCGUGUUCGUGGUGAUACUGGCCGUGGUGUGGUACUUUCGCAUCAACUACAGGCAGUUCUUCACCGCCCCUGCGACCAUCUCCCUUGUGGGAGUCACUGUGUUCUUUAGCUUUCUGAUAUUUGGAAUGCACAGCCGCUGAGAAGGCGGACACCGGGCUGAAUAUUGUGAGGUGGAAUCAAAAAUAACUACGUCAGUGGGCGAGUGUCUUGAGAGAUGAACUGAUGAAGGAGCGCUACAGCUAAUAGCUGUGUGUAUGGGGGUUGCAAGCUGAGCCUUUUGUGCAUGUACCAAGAAAAAAAAAAGUGAUUGUACAGCUAAAGUCCCGUAAGUGACUAUUUACUUUAGCCGGAGCGUUGUUUAGCAUCUCUUCAGACAUGUACAUGGUUAAAACCACGUUGAAGCACUCUGGCCUCAUCUCGUCUGUUCUUUUUACUGUUAGAUUUUCAUGAGGCAUUCUUCUGUGUUAUUCUCUCUUUUUAGAUUACUGCUUCUGUGGGGGUUUUUUUAUAUUAAAAAAUAUAGUUUCAAUUAUGUAAAGCAAUUUGAAACCAACUAGGCCCUGUUGGGCUGCGUGUGCCAGUUUGACGCAACAAGAUUUUCUUUUUCUGAAAUGAGCCAAACUCUGUGGAAGCAAAUAUAAACUGUGCAACUCCCUCAGUGAAAGGCCAACAUUUGUAGUUGCUAUGUAGAAAUAGGCUAAUUUCAACAUUUAUUAGACAUGACAACAGUCUUUGACAAGAUACCGUAAAAAAUGUUGUGUAUUUUUUUUUUAAAGAAAAAAAAAGCAUCACAGCUGAAUCUGGCACUUACAGAUUUGGAGGCAACAUUGUUUAUGAUUAUAUUAGCAUUGUUUGGUUUCAGGUGUAUCUCAAAUAAAAGGAUUUCCUGAUAAAGCAGUUAAAAUUUGUGGUCUGUCGAGGUCAGUGUCUUGGUACAGUACAUGUUUAUUUACUUACAAACAUAAGUAUGCAUGGCAGUGAAGAAAAAUAACCUAUGUACUCACAUUAUGUCCAAAUACAUGUUACUUACACAUGCACUCAUUUGUGCUUUAAAAAUAUUGGAAACAACAUUGCAUUCAUUUUCAUUGCACCUGUACUGCAUACAAAUACACAAAGAGCCACAAGAAAACUUGGGCUUCAAGCUUCAUUCACAUAAGGUGGCAUUAGCAUCAAAAUGUACUUAGAAAGUUAUGUCAAUAAUAUUCAUUUAUCAAUAGUGCACAUUACAGGACCUUACUGGACAGAUUUCACAAGGACACGUCUAAUUUUGCAGCAGGAUCUGAUGUGAAAAUAGGUUUUGUUCUAAUUAAUCUAAUUAAUUAAAAUCAGGUUUUAACUGAUUGUCACCGUGACAAUAUUUGAGGCAUUUAACUAAAUACAGUUGACGGCCUGGUAGCUUUGCGGGCACUGACCUGUAGAAUCGUUGUCCAACUUAUUUCACGAAACUGAUUACUUGGGGAUAUUAAAUGAAAAUAGCCAUCUAAGACAUGAUUGUUGUACUUUUAAAAAUGCAGAAUGUGCAUCAUCCUUAGGAACUCUUAUCUUAAUUGAUGAACAAGUCCAAACAAAUAAAC